UUUUAAAAAUGUGCCAAAAAGACACCACAGGGUAAAUAUACUAAUUAAAAUUUUUAGAUUUACACUUCCUGCGAAUAACAUGGGGAGCGGGCGUUGUAUCAACCCCUCCUACCUCAGCCGGGCAAGGAAUAAAAUACAAGUGAAAAGCUGAAACUGGAAAGCAGCAAAAGCCUCUUGUGCAGCAAAGAUGUUCCUUGACAACAGACCUGAUGUUACCACCCCCCCUACCUUCCUGUGUGCCGAGGCUUUGAAGACACUAAUACGAUUAGUAUGGCUUAUGCGUGCCGCCGUGACUCCGCUGUCGGUGUUGUUGAGCUGUCGUUGACCGGAUUGUUUUUGCUCGUCUUCUGGCUGGUGCCGUGCCGGCCGUGUUGACAAUCGGCUCACGCGUGCCUCGCGGCCCGCGGCGAGGUGAAGAGGACUCGCCAGCCGGUCCUCCCGCCGUCCUUGGAGGGGUCGCACGCCGCGCCCACCCAGCUAUAAAGGCCGCCGGAGGAAGUGAUGGAAACAACACUCCGCAGCCACGUAGCGCUUUGAUCGAACGUACUCUGCGCUCCAAAAUGAGGUCACUGAUCGCCUGUCUGGCCGUGCUGGCCGUGACCGGCUAUGUGCAGGCCUCCGUUUUCUCCGUGGGCCACGUCAGCUCUGUGGCCAGAAACGGCAAAAUCAAGUUCUACGAGGUUCUGGCUGACAGCGAUGGAAGCUGGAACUAUCGGCGAAGUCACUUCAAGUGCACUGACCCCGGAUACUACUACAUCUCGUUCCACGGUCUUUGCAAGAAAAACUUCGGCCUCACCCUGAAACUGGUCCAGAACAAUGCCGAGGUCGUCAGGGCCCACGGAGACGGCGUUGGCUACAACACGGCCAGCAACUCGGCAAUCGUCUAUCUGAACUACCACGACACCGUCUCGCUGCGGGUGGCGGACGGCUUCGUCCACGAGUCGGAUCACCUGGACCGCAGAUUCGUCACCCUCUCCGGCUACAAGGUGAGCGGCAGCGACGGCACCCGGCCGCAGCUCGGCACCAGCGGCGGUGGCAGCGACGGCACCGGGCCGCAGUUCGGCACCAGCGGCGGUGGCAGCGACGGCACCGGGCCGCAGCUCGGCACCAGCGGCGGCGAGGCGUUCGGCGCGCCGCCGGCCGGGGCCGCUCCGGCCCCGGACUCGGAGGAGGACAAGGAGGAGGAGUUCACGCCCCUCAGCGGCGACACCAGCGGCCCCAGCAGAUAGGGGACCGCGCCGGCACCCCGGCAGGCCGACAGGCCGCACCGGCACCGUCAGCCGAGAGCCAGAGCAUCGGCGCCAGUCGCCAGUCGAAGCGUAACGGCUCUGAAUAACGUUUAGAGGAGGUGUCUGUAGAAGUGUGAGCUGGAAGGAAGUUGAAAUCCAGUACAUAGGGCAUCUAUCGUUUCGACUUUCCCGGGGUCCACAACAACCAAAGUCUAUGUUUCAAGAGAUCUUUGCAGUGGUUCGGCAAAUCUUCCAGCGUUGAUGUAUCUAGUGUUGUGUCGAAUAUCAAGUCCUUGUCUUGUUUUCAAUACACGAGCGAGAACAAU